CUCAUGCGCAGUAAUUCGGGUGUAAAUGUUUACAGUUAGCUUCAGUAGCUUGUUGCAAGCUGACAUUGAAUCAGUGUUCAUGUAUUAGUCUUAUUUACACGUCGGAAGACAUUCUGUCUUGAAAGUUAUCUUCUGAUCUUCUGAGAGGAUCAUAUAUUAUAGACUGGAGAGAGGAUGGGGGCAUUCAACUUUGACCCCAGAUAACGUUACAUUGGACGCUAAAAUGGCAGCCCUUGUGCCGCCAGCAUCAACCACGUCGUUGAGCCAAAAGCAACGACGUGCUGCACAUAGAAGAGAACGAAGGAAGAAAAGGCGACAAGCAAUUGCUAAAAGAACAGUCUUGGACCAACCAGACUGCCAAGAGGAUGACGAAGGCGAAGGUAGCGAGGAUGACGAAACAGAAGCUAAAGCCGAGGAAGAGAGGCAGAGAUUGCAUGAGCAGUGGCUUGAAAGAGAAAGAGUCGCCCAGGAGGAAUUCAGGAUAAAGAGGGAGAGGGAGGAGGCUGCUAAACGCAAAAAGGAAGAGGAGGAGAGAAGAAUUAAAGAAGAGUGGGAGGAGCAGCAACAGAAAGAGAGAGAACGGAGAGAUGUGAAGCAGCAGGCGAUAAGAGAGAGAGAGGAGGCUGCGCAGAAAAUGCUGGACCAAGCUGAAAAUGAGCUGCAAAACGGAGGUCCUUGGAGGAACCCGGAAGCGCCGUCCCAAACCGACGUGGGCACAGAGAAGGACCGAGCCAACUGCCCCUUCUUCCUCAAGACCGGAGCCUGCCGCUUUGGGGACCGGUGCUCCCGCAGGCACCAGCACCCGGCGUCCAGCUGCACGCUGCUGGUCAGGGGGAUGUUCGUGCACUACGGCAUGGAGCAGGCGCGGCGCGACGACUACGACACCGACGCCAGCCUAGAGUACAGUGAGGACGAGGUGCACCAGCAGUUCCUGGACUUCUACGAAGACGCGCUCCCCGAGUUCAGGAGCGCUGGGAACGUUGUGCAGUUUAAGGUCAGCUGUAACUUUGAGCCCCAUCUGAGAGGAAAUGUUUAUGUCCAGUAUGCCACGGAGGAGGACUGUAGCAAAGCCUUCCUGAAGUUUAAUGGACGAUAUUAUGCUGGAAGGCAGCUGCAGUGCGAGUUCUCGCCGGUCACGAGAUGGAAGACCGCGAUAUGUGGCCUGUUCGAUCGUCAGAAGUGUCCUAAAGGAAAACACUGCAAUUUCCUCCAUGUGUUCCGGAAUCCCACGCGAGAGUUCCUCAAGGCUGACCAGGACCUCCACCUGUCCCCCGACGGCAACGGCAGUUUCACCGGCCGGCUCUCGGAACGCUCGUGGUCACAGCGAGGCCACAGCCCCGACAGGUGGUCAUGGCGACGCUCAGCAAGGCGGAGCCGCAGCAGGAGUCAGGAGAGCAAGCGCUCGCGUCAGAGCUGGUGCACUAGAGCCGCCGGCCACACGCAGCGCAGACAACGGGGGAACCCAAGCAGAAGCCGGGAACGAGACCGGAGCAGAGGUCGCAGCAGAGGUCGCUCCCGUAGCAGAGGUCGCUCCCGGAGCAGAGAUCGGAGCAGAGGGCGUUCCCGGAGCAGAGACCGGAAUGGGGACAGGAGGCCCAGAGAGCGUUCCCCCACGACCAGAUCAGCAUGGAGAUCUGCAAGCACAUCUCACAGCACAGAGUCCUGCAGGAGGAGCCAGAGGAGGGACCGACAGAUCACGGAGGACCUCACGGACACCACCGCCACGCCGACCGCCACGCCGACACGCCACAAACACUCCAAGAGAAGCAAGAUCAUGGAGGACCUCACGGACACCACCGCCACGGACACCAUCGCCACGCCGACGCGCCACAAACACUCGAAGAGAAGCAAGAAGAAGAAGAGCAAGAAGAAGCACAAGAGGAAGAGGAGCAAAUCGCCGGGUGGAAGCUCAUCAGUGGAAUCUGGCAAAGACACUGAGGACGAAGGUGAUGCUCCGCUCCCUGCCCCGCAAGACCAGGGACCCCCUGAUCAACACGGUAUGGGACAGAGGGACGACUCCAACCAGCGUCCCCUCACAGAAGAACAGGACGUUUCCCAUCAGCCUCCCACUGUGGAGGAACAUGCUGGUUCUACAGAGGCUGAGGAGGAACAUGCUGGUUCUACAGAGGCUGAGGAGGAACAUGCUGGUUCUACAGAGGCUGAGGAGGAACAUGCUGGUUCUACAGAGGCUGAGGUGGUGCUCGCUGAUCCAGAAGGUCAAGUGAUCGCUCUCCCUGAUGUUCAAGAUCAACGUUUAGUAGAAGACACUUCUUAACUUCUGAAAAUGAAAAGCUGUUUGUGUUCAGACCGGUUACUUGGUAAAACUCAAAAGCCCAUGUGUGUGAAAUAAGUUCCAAUAUUAGGUGUCAUGCCACAAAUCGCUUUAUAUUGUGUGUUGUACAUAUAUGUAAAUAAAAUAUUUCUUAAAUACUU